CCGAAUUCCAUCAGGUUGAAGAAGGUUGCCAACUUCGACGGACUUCGGAUCGAUCCCCUGACGACACGAUGGCCGCGACCGAGUACGUGUCUCCGCUUGAGCGGAAGCAACGACGAGAGAUUCGAAAGGCGCGCAUUUGGGCCAGCGUCUUGGAACGAUGUGACCUCGGACUAUCCUUGGAACGACAUCGCAUUCACCGCCCCUUGCAUGGGUUCAAGUCUCGAGGACUGCGCGGCAGUGGACUCUUCGCCCAUUUAACUCAGCGCGAACGACGUGGCGAGUUGCGACCUGCCGAGUUUCUUGCUGUCAACGAAGCAUUCCUCCCCUUGAGGGAGAAUGGGAACGCUUGCAAUGUGGAUGACCUUCGGUCCAGGCUGUAUUGCGGCGAGUUUAGUGCGGACGGCGACUCGUUCAUGGUUGCGGGGCAGAACGAAGAAGUGUUCAUUUACGACACCAACUCAUGGAAACGAAAGGACGCACUGCCAGUGCGCGAUGUCCGGUGGACUGUCACGGACGCGCACUUCACCCCGAAUGCGCACGCUGUCGUGUACUCGUCAAUCACGAGCAUCGUCCGCAUGGUGACGAAGGAAGGCAAAGAGCGCGUUCAGCCUUGCCGAGUCGCAGUCAACUUUUUCGAGCGGGUCCCGCGCGCAGCGACGCCGCAUGUCCAUCAACUUUGGCGUGGCGUGAAUGCAGCUGGGACCGAAUUCCUCGCGGGCACGACGAACAACAGCGUUGUGCUGCACGACAUGACAACCAACACGUCUGUGUGCCAUUUAGUCGGCCAUGACAACGACGUGAACGCGAUCACGUUUGUGGAUGGGUCGUCGAAUGUGUUUGUGAGCGGGUCGGACGACUGCCUGAUCAAGCUGUGGGACCGCCGCGUCAUGGCCGACGCCAAGCCCCAAGGCGUCUUCGUGGGGCACACGGACGGUAUCACGCACAUGAGCUCGCGCGACGACGGAAUCUACUUUGUCUCGAACGCCAAGGACCAAACCGCCAAGCUGUGGGACGUUCGCAAGUGUUUAACGGACGAGUCCAAGAUCCAUCGCACGUUGCCGCAGUUCCAGUGGGACUACCGGUUUGAAGAAUACCCUGGCAACUUUGAAGGCGUCGACGACGAAGCGCAUCCGCAGGACCAGUCCGUGUUGACGUAUCGAGGGCAUGCCGUCAAGCAGACCCUCAUCCGAGUGUACUUUUCGCCCGUGCAUUCCACCGGGCAACGGUACAUCUACUCUGGAUCGGCGGAAGGCGAGGUUGUCGUGUACGAUGUCCUGACGGCGAACGUCGUCGACCGCCUCGAGCUCCCGUCCCAAGGAGUCACUCGGGACGUGCGGUGGCACCCGCACAAACCGAUCCUCGUCUCCCCCGACUUUUAUGGCAAGCUGUGUGUGUGGCAAAAGGAGCAUCGGACGGACGAGUCGAUCGCGAGCCCGACCAGUGACGACGACGACGUCUAGAGCCAUGUACAUGGUGACGUGAACACGCUGUUUUGUGUGUGCGUGUAGCAUUUCCUGCACAUGUCUUGUUGGGAUGGUGUGCUUUUUGCAUGCUGAGUGGAUCGAUGUGUGGAAGCGGACUGGUUUCGAGGCAGUGGGACACCCGCGCGU